AGGCAAGAAGAUUUUUGUUCAUAUGUGUGCCCAGUGCCACACUGUGGAAAAGGGAGACAAGCACAAGACUGGGCCUAAUCUCCAUGGUCUCUUUGGGCAGAAGACAGGUCAGGCAGUUGGAUUCUUUUACACUGAUGCCAGUAAGAACAAAGGAGAGGAUACACUGACGGAGUAUUUGGAGAAUCCCAAGAAGCACAUUCCUGGAACAAAAAUGAUCUUUGCUGGCAUUAAGAAGGGAUAAAGGGCAGACUUGUUAGCUUAUCUUAAAAAAGCUACUAAUGAGUAAUAAUUGGCCACUGCCUUAUUUAUUACAAAACAAAUGUCUCAUGACUUUUUUAUGUGUACCAUACUUUAAUAGAUCUCAUACACCAGAAUU